UGGGAUCCUAUUUUAAGGUCAUAGAUAUGAUUCAGCUUGGAGUCUUAAUAUAUGUAUUUAGGUCACAUCAUUCCCUCCCGCACCCUGUCAUAUGACACCCAACCCGUGAUGCAGUACGCAAGUGCUUUCCAGACAGAGCUGGGCGUCUGCCGGCUGAACUAGUUCAACCCCUGAGGAAUGUGUUUGUGCACGUCUGCAGUACUUUGCCCUGCCCCUUGCUUGGAAUUAUUAUCGACGGCCUCAAAGUCUUCCAGGAAAAGCAGUCUUCCAACAGGACGCAGGCCGAGCUGAGUACUGUGGGAGCUGACACUAUUAUCACAUGAAACACAAGUGAUUUUCUUAGAGGUGCCCACCUUUGAAUUUAAAUCACAUAUUCAGUGAGCACAUGAAUAGCUGUGAAUGUGUCAAAAGCAGAGAGGCGUUUAAUGUAAAUGUGACUCUUAUCAGUGAAGGACUUUGACUGGGGUCAUUGUAUUUUCUCCAGCAGGGUGACUGGACCUGUUUUUGGGUGGGACGCUCAGUUUCACGUCAGCAGAUUUCACAACAAGUGUGUUAAACUGGUUUCAGCAGAGCUUCAGUUUACUGAAUGGAUCUGAUGAAACAUACAGGCGGCUGCCACUGUGGGGCUGUUAGGUUUGAAGUCCUACAUUCCCCAGACCUCCAUGUUUUCCACUGCAACUGUAGCAUCUGCACAAAGAAACAAAACCAUCAUUUCAUUGUUCCAAAACAUCACUUCACACUCUUACAGGGGUCAGAUAAUCUGACCACGUACACGUUCAACACUCACGUUGCUAAACACACCUUCUGUAAAACCUGUGGAGUUCAAAGUUUCUACACUCCACGCUCCAACCCUGAUGGAUAUGGGGUUGCGCCACACUGUCUGGACCCAGGUACAGUCCGCAGUGUCACAGAGGAGAAGUUUUGUGGGGAGAAAUGGGAGGAAAGCAUGCAAGCUCACAAGAGCAUCAGAGACAUGUCUAAACCUACAACAGACACAAAAUAACACCACUGCGAUGUAAGAAUCUUUUUAAUCUGGAAACUGUACAGUGUUUUCAACAAAUCUUUGACAUUAUAACUAAAAACAGCUCAACUGUUUCAAACCAUAGUGUUGUUUUUAUACAGUGUAAUGACAAUAAAGAUGUUUCACUAGCAAACA